AUGGAGAGCCUGGAUCCAACCAUCACAGCUUGGAGUACAGAAGCCACACCAACCAAUGGAAGUUACCAGCACCUUCCUCCAACUUGUGACAGGAAUAACCUUCUUCCAAAAGUGCUGGCCCUCCUCAUUGCCCUGGUUGGACUGAUGGGAAACGCAUCUGUGCUCUGGCUCCUGGGCUUCCGCAUGCGCAGAAAUGCCUUCUCGGUCUAUAUCCUAAACCUGGCUGCCUCUGACUUCUUCUUUCUCUGUUUCCAUAUCACUGCUUUCCUGGUGGACAUCGUCAAAAUGUUCUUUCACUUCUCUGUCCCUACAUAUGACAUCGUGCGAACUGGGGGAAUCAUUUCCUACAUCGCAGGCCUGAGCAUCCUUAGUGCUAUUAGCACCGAGCGCUGCCUGUCGGCCCUGUGGCCCAUCUGGUAUCGCUGUCGCCGCCCUAGACACAUGUCAGCUAUCAUGUGUGCCCUGCUCUGGGCCCUGUCCAUGUUUUGGGGCGUCCUGGACAUGGUCUAUUGUUCUACCUUGAUUAUCAAUAGUGGAGUUCAUUGGUGUAUAAAAGUUGAUUUGAUCAUAACGGCAUGGCUGAUUGUUUUAUUUGUGACUUUCUCAGGGUCCAGCCUGGCCCUGCUGUGGAGAAUCCUUUGUGGUUCUAGGCAUAAGACACUGACCAAGCUGUAUGUGACCAUCCUGCUCACAUUGCUGGCCUUUAUCCUCUGUGAACUGCCCUUUGGCAUUUAUUUAUUUCUGUCAGACUGGAUUUCAGUCGAUUUUGAUGCAUACACUUGUCUUUAUCUGGUUUCAAAUGUCUUUUCUUGUGUUAACAGCUGCACCAACCCCAUCAUUUAUUUCUUUGUUGGCUCCUUUAGGCAGCGGCUGCAGCGUCAGAACCUCAAGCUGGUGCUUGAGCGGGCUCUGCAGGACACUCCUGAGGAGGAAGAAUGUGGAGACAGCCUUCCUCAGGGAUCCCUGGAGAUGUCAGGUAGCAGAGUGGAGCAGGGAUGA